GCGGAUAAAGAUGAUGGCUUCCAAAGGCUUAACAUAAAUUAAUAGCUUAGCGUAUGUACCGUUUUAUGACAACAAAAUAUUAUUCAAAAUGAACGGCCAUAUAUCGCCUUGUAUGCGGUAGAGGGUUAAGCAAGUAGCCUAAUGCAUUGGAAAUUGAUUUGGAAGGGAGAGAAGAUCCGUUAUUAGCAGGAGUGUUCUGCUGUUGAGUUGCUGCCUGCUGUUUAUGUUUGCCUGGUGUACAGUCGUCUUACGAUGGUUGAAUUUAUUAAGCUAAAGCGCACAUUAGACACGAAAAAGAACAAAUACAACAACAAAUAUGCCUUCCUGAAAAAUGGUAAACAUCCGUUAUAAGCAUGCAUCUAUGAAAGCCAACAGCUGAUCGCUGCUGAUGGUUGCUGGCUGAUGUUUUUGUUUAUGUUUAUUUUGUUCGUAUUAUUUUAUAAAGGUUAAUCAAAAGAAUUAAAUGCAUUUGAUUAACUUUAGUUCGUUUAAGGCACAUUUAAAUCGGCCCUGGCCGAUCAAUGUAGCGAUGGCCUAUCGAUAGUUACACCAGUCAGCUGAUCCAUGGUCGAAAAAUUCAAAAAGGCACAAAACAAAGCCGCUAAAGAUUAUAUUCACCCUUGAAGGAGUCUGCUUACGUGUCCCUUGAUCUUGUAUAUGGAUUAUAUUUCAUCAAGAUCAUCCCAGAUUGCCCAAUUGGCGAGUGCAUCUGUCGCUUUUAGGCGGCACAAUCGCAGUGCGAUCAGCAGUUAGCUGUGGGGCGUUGGUUCAUUCAGUUGGCGGAGCAACCAUUAUUUAAUUACGUGCAAGUUUUAGACACUCAUCCAGUUUGCAGGCAAAAUGUCGACGCAGCAGCAGCAGUUGGCCUUCAUUGAGCGCUACCUGGUGUACGAUAUCUUCAAGUAUUUCGGCUCUGGUGCUGAGCUGGAGGCGCACAGCGUGGAGUGCUCCAAUGGGCUAGACGGCUUCAUGUCCGCCCUGUACACGGUGCAGCUUGAACUGAGCAUUGCUGACCGCAAGCAAACAGAAGUGGUACUGGUGAAAUUCAUGAAGGGCACGGAGGAAUUUCGGGAGAGCAGCAACUCGUACAUUCAGUUCGGCAACGAGACCUUCGCCUAUGCCGAGAUCCUGCCAGCCUACGAGCACCUGUUAAGGGCGAGCCACCUGGCCAGCGAUGUGGUGAGCAACUGGGUGCCGCGCUGCUACUACGCCAAGUUCGGCCAGGUCGAUGGCCUAGGUAGUGGUCGCGAAUCCGUGCUGGCUCUCAAGCAUCUCAAGGGCGAUGGCUAUCAGCUGGGACCACGAUUGACGCUGCGUCGGGACCAGCUGGAGGCCAUGGUGGGUCUGAUUGGACCCUUCCACGCCUUGGGCUAUGCGACGCGGAUCCUGCAGCCUCAGGUCCAUGCCCGCCUUCGCUCUGGCAUCGUUGAGAUGCCCUUCGUCUCCAGUUCGGGUCGGGGCAUCUUUGAUGUUCUGUAUCGCGUGGCCUUCGACCGCUUCUAUGAGUUUUAUGACAGGAAGAAGGACGAACUCCUUAGAGAUGACAAGGAUGAAGGCUUCGGGGCCGCCAUCGAGCGACUGCGUGAAAAGUAUUUUGCAAAUCCUACGCACCUGUUGGAGCGGAUUCGCAUCACAUCCCGUGAUGAAGAUCAGCCGGAUAGUUAUUUUGCAACGAUACUUCACGGCGACUACAACCGCAACAAUGUCCUCUUUCACUACGGCGUCGAUGACAAGGUGGACAGCAUUCGGGCCAUUGAUUUCCAGGAGCUACGCUUCAGCACCACGGCCAUCGACCUGAGCUUCUUCAUGUACAUGAACACUCCAUCCGAGGGUCGCAAGGAGAUCUUCGCGGAUCUGUUGCGCAAGUACCAUCGGCACAUGAUCGAGAUGCUGGAGCUGGUGCUGCGGCGUAACCAGGCGGAGCUCAGUGAGGAGCGAGUGGAGCAGUUGCUGGCGGACUACAGCUUCGAGCGCUUUGAGGCUCACUUCAAACGUUACGCUUUCUACGGCGUCAUGGUCUGCAUGCACUUCAUGCCCUGGCUCCUGGGCAGCGAAACGGACUGUGCGGAGCUAUCUCGACUCUUCGACACGGACAUGCAUGGCCCGGCCUUCCAUCAGCUGUCACUGGACAUAGCCGGUGACGUGGCCAACGAGGAGAUCUUCAAGACGAUGCGUCAUGCCUACGAGCACGGCUACAUGGACGAGAUAUAGGAAUGUACUGACUAUAGCAGCUUGGCCGAUGCCUUAUUACCCACUAAAUAUAUUCCAUGUACUGGCAACCCACUUAGCUAAUCUCUGCCAGCCAAGAACUGUA